AUGUCUGCAGAACCGUGCGGCGCGGCCGAUUCCAUCGCUCCCGUCGAUCGACUGCCCGCCAUGGCGACCACAACCUUGAAGGUCGACGGGAUGACUUGUGGAGCGUGUACAUCUGCGGUGGAGGGCGCAUUUAAGGGAAUAGCGGGCGCGGGCGAGGUCUCCGUGAGCUUGAUCAUGGGCCGAGCCGCCGUGCAACAUGAUCCCGCUAUUAUACCGCCAGCGAAGAUCGCAGAGAUGAUUGAAGACUGUGGGUUUGAUGCCGCAGUCCUAUCGACAGAGGAACAUAUCAAGACAACAGACCCCAACGUCCCAAAUGACUCGGCAACCCGGCUAUCAUCAACCACCCUCGCGAUCGAAGGCAUGACAUGCGGCGCGUGUACGUCGGCGGUGGAAAGUGGUCUGAAAGAUGUGGAGGGAGUGGACUCUGUCAAUGUCUCCUUGCUCUCCGAGCGCGCUGUAGUCGAACAUGACGCUACUAAGAUCACGCCGGAACAGAUCGCAGAGAUCGUCGAGGAUAGAGGGUUUGGCGCACGGGUAAUAGAAACCAAGUCGUCAUGCGUGGGUCUGGAGGAGUCCUCAAAGCUCGCGGACUUGACGGAGAACAAAUUCGGGCACAGGGUGACCACCGUUGCGGUUGGAGGGAUGACUUGCGGCGCUUGUACAUCCAGCGUCCAGAAUGCCUUUGCCAAUGUCGAAGGUCUGAUUCAUUUCAAUAUUAGUCUACUCGCUGAGCGCGCGGUUAUUGUGCAUGAUCCGUCCAUUCUUUCUCCCGAGAAAAUCGCCACAAUUGUCGAGGAUGCAGGCUUCGAUGCAUCGAUCGUAUCAUCGGAACUGCAGGAGCCGCUGUCCAGGAAAACUCAACAAAUCAAAUUGAGCAUCCACGGCCUGCGAGAUGCCACAUCUGCGUCGGCCUUGGAGGAAGAUCUUCUUAGCCGAUCAGGGGUCAAUUCAGCAUCAAUACUUCUCGCAACUUCCCAAUUGCUCAUUGCCUUUGACACAUCCGUGAUCGGGAUUCGAUCUAUAUUUGACAUCAUCGAGGCUGCCGGUUACAACGCUUUGAUCGCGGACUCGGACGAUACCAAUGCACAGCUGGAAUCCUUGGCCAAAACAAAAGAGAUUCAGGAAUGGCGCCGCGCAUUCAUUACUUCCACAUCCUUUGCAGUACCAGUCUUUUUUAUCAACAUGAUCCUGCCAAUGUAUCUGCGAGCGCUCGAUUUUGGUAAAUUGGAACUACUGCCCGGUCUUUAUCUUGGAGACGUGGUCUGCCUUGUUCUAACAAUCCCUGUACAAUUUGGCAUCGGUAGGCGGUUCUACGCUACCAGUUAUAAGUCACUCAAGCAUCGAUCCCCGACCAUGGACGUACUCGUCAUGUUGGGAACCUCAGCGGCCUUCUUCUAUAGUUGCUUUACUAUGCUCAUGGCAAUGUUUAGCGAUGCUCAUAAGCGCCCAAGCACUGUUUUCGAUACCAGCACUAUGCUGAUUACCUUCAUCACACUCGGCCGAUGGCUAGAGAACCGGGCAAAGGGACAGACCUCUGCGGCGUUGUCCCGUCUUAUGUCUCUGGCUCCGCCGAUGACCACAAUCUACGAAGAUCCCAUUGCGGCUGAGAAGUUGGCUGAUGGGUGGACCGCCCAAGGUACUUCGAGCUCGUCCGAGCCGGCCCUUUCAGACGAUGCAUCUGUGAAUCAGAAAAUUAUCCCCACCGAGUUGAUCCAAGUUGGCGACAUCGUAAUUCUUCGUCCCGGGGAUAAGGUCUCCGCCGAUGGUGUGGUGAUUCGGGGCGAAAGUUAUGUUGACGAGAGUAUGAUUACCGGGGAGGCUUUACCCAUUCACAAGAAGAAAGGCAGCCACGUCAUCGCCGGCACUGUCAAUGGCACUAGCUCAAUCGAUUUCAAGGUUAUUCGGGCUGGUAAGGACACGCAAUUGAGCCAGAUCGUGAAGCUUGUUCAGGAUGCACAGACCAGCCGUGCACCCAUCCAGCGCAUGGCGGACAUUGUCGCCGGCUACUUUGUUCCGGCCAUCAUCGGCCUUGGCUUGAUCACCUUCUUUGGCUGGAUGUUCCUCAGCCAUGUCUUGUCGAAUCCGCCUAAGAUUUUUCAAUCCGAGGAUGGGGGUGGCCGAGUCAUGGUCUGUCUUAAACUUUGUAUUUCUGUCAUUGUUUUUGCAUGCCCUUGUGCCUUGGGUCUUAGUACACCGACUGCCGUCAUGGUGGGCACUGGUGUCGGUGCUGAGCAUGGCAUCCUCGUUAAGGGAGGGGCCGUUCUUGAAGCUGCCACCAAAGUCAGCCAUGUUGUGUUCGAUAAGACCGGCACACUUACAACCGGUCGGAUGAGCGUGGCCCAGGCUCGAAUUGAACCCCAUUGGACUGCCAACGACUGGCGACGUCAGCUAUGGUGGUUGAUCGUUGGUCUUGCAGAAAUGGGUAGCGAACACCCUAUCGGUCGAGCUAUCUUGUCGGAAGCGAAAACACAAUCUGGUCACCCGGGCGAAGAUGGGUUGCCAGGGAGUAUCGGAGACUUCGAUGCAUGCGUCGGUCAGGGUAUCUCUGCCACCGUUGAACCUACGUCGAGCGCCGAGCGUGUCCGCUACCAGGUCCUCCUGGGCAACGCAGCGUUUCUACGGUCCAGAGAUGUAUCCAUGCCUGCCUCUGCUGAGUCCGAUUCGGAAGGCGAAGACUCGGAAUUGGAAACCCCAAAGCCCUCCGACACUUCGUCAGGCAUCACACGGAUCCACGUCGCAAUUGAUAGCCGCUACUCUGGAACUCUCUCCCUCCGCGACAGCGUCAAGGAGUCUGCCGUCGCCGCAAUUGCAGCCUUACACCGCAUGGGCAUCUCCACCUCAAUGGUCACCGGUGACACAUCCUCCACAGCGCUCUCCAUCGCCUCGGCUGUCGGUAUACCCGCCGCCUCAGUACACGCCUCCGCUUCCCCGUCCGACAAACGCGCUAUCAUCUCCUCACUCCAGCUGAACGGCGAGCGUGUCGCAAUGGUUGGUGAUGGUAUCAAUGACUCCCCCGCCCUGGCCACCGCAUCCGUUGGAAUUGCACUCGCAUCUGGAACAGACGUGGCCAUGGAGGCCGCGGACAUCGUCUUGAUGCGCCCAGAUGACCUCUUGUCUGUGCCUGCCAGUCUCUCCCUCUCGCGCUCCGUCUUCUCCCGCAUCAAGUUGAACCUGGUGUGGGCUUGCCUGUACAAUGUCAUCGGCCUUCCUUUCGCCAUGGGUCUCUUUCUCCCCUUCACGGGCUUUAUGCUGCCACCCAUGGCUGCAGGCGCCGCCAUGGCCGCAUCCAGCGUCUCUGUCGUCGUCAGUAGUCUCCUCCUGAAGUUCUGGCGUCGCCCGUCCUGGAUGAAUACCGAACGACUGGAGAAGGAGCUUGGCUCCGGCGCCAUCCCUGUCAACGGUGGCCGGCACCAUUCACGUCAAGCCAGCUGGUGGACGCCAGCCACCAUGCUUUCGUCCGACCACCCGCGCUCUCUGCGUCGGUGGGCAAAAGACACUGUUUCUGCGCUGUGGUCCCUGGCAACUGGGAAACAGCAAACGAUCCGGGAGGACGAGGGGUAUGUCCCGUUGCAGACUGUUGAGCCACCUGUCUAA